AUGCCAACUACGGGCACCAUUGUGAUCAUCUCAGGACUGCGCCGAGAUGACAGCGGCGCGCUCGAACUGGACUUUGACUCGGACACGAAUGAUAUCCGCAUAGCGAGGGACAUCGCGUACGGGGAUGAGGCGGGCCCUGCAGAGAAUUUCCAGCAGACGCGGCUGGGGCAGGCACGCAGCACAGACGUGAAGCUGGAUUACUCACUGCGCCAGUACGUGUCAGUGCUCUACAAGGUGCCACGCAUGCAGAUAUUUGUGCGGGACCAGAAGGUGCGCACGCAGCGGGUGACCUCGCUGCUGCGGGGGAAGAUGCACGAGCGCUUUCAGCUGCGGAACCAGACCUUGGCCUAUGCAGACAUCGAGAUGGGUUUCAACACAGAGGACCCGAGCCUGUAUGGGAUGAUGAUAUACCACAGGAACCGGCUGAUCCGCCCUUACCACCGCGUGGGCAUGCAGCUGGAGCCCAAUGACAAGGGCGUUGGUGUCCUGGGCGUAGUACAGGCUGAUUACCUGGAACCCACACACAACAAGCAGGACUUUAAUGACACCAAGGAGUACCGGACGCUGCAGAAGAAGCUGGCAGAGAUCCUGCAGAUGUACUGGUGGGACAAGGUGGAGGAGCAUGGACCUGGGAGGCCGCUGGCGCUGCCGAAUCCGUGGGCUGCUGCAAGAGGCGCUCCUUCACCGCAGCAGGAAGCACCGCAGCAGAACGGUAGCAAGUCCACAGCCACUGUGCCGGACGACCUCUGGGUCCAGGUAGGGGCUGUCCCCACAGCAAGCAUUAUUAUUAUUAUUAUUAUUACACGUUUUCCAGUCCUCACGGACUAG